AGAUGGAGCUGCCACUGAAGGGAAGCCUGCUUUUGCUUCUGUUCUCAGGACUUGGCUUCAUUGAUACCCAGGAGCCUCCCACCUGCCCAGAACCCAAAGUUCUGGAUACUAGCAAAAUGAUUGUUCUGCAGGGCUGCCCAGGCCCCACAGGGGCGGCUGGAAACCCUGGGGAGAAGGGGGCACCAGGCCCUAGAGGACCGCCGGGGCCGCCAGGGAAAUCUGGACCCAAGGGGGAGGCUGGAGAUGCUGUGGACCUGUUGAGGCAGUGCCAGGCAGGCCCCCAGGACUGCCGGGAGCUGCAGAGCCGAGGAGCCUCUCUGAGUGGCUGGUACCAGCUGUGCCUCCCCAGUGGCAGGGUGCUGCCUGUCUUCUGUGAGAUGACCUCUGCUGAGGGGGGCUGGCUGGUGUUCCAGAGACGUCAGGAUGGCUCCGUGGAUUUCUACCGACCCUGGACAUCCUACAAAGCUGGCUUUGGAAGCCAGGAGUCAGAGUUUUGGCUUGGAAAUGAAAACCUAUAUCAGCUUACCCGUGAAGGGCCCAAGGAACUUCGAGUGGAGCUGCAAGACUUCAAUGGUACCCGAACCUUUGCCCACUACCAGGGCUUCAGGAUCCUGAGUGAAGCUGAUAAAUACCAGCUGAUCCUUGACAAGUUUUUGGAGGGCACUGCGGGGGAUUCCUUGACUUAUCAUAGUGGAAAGCCCUUCUCCACCCUUGAUGCUGAUAGCGACAUCUUCAAUGGGAACUGUGCGGUCAUUGUGCAAGGGGCCUGGUGGUAUGGAGACUGCUAUAAAUCCAACCUCAAUGGACGCUAUGCAAGCACUGAGAGUGGGGCAUACACGUAUGGCAUUGACUGGGCCACUGGGCUGGGAGUGGGCCGUCCCUACCGUCGAACAGUAAUGAUGCUCCGUUAGGCAAAAGGCGGGUCCCACAGCAUCCAAUGUGACCUUAGGCAAGCCAUUUCCCCUCUGCAGCUCUCUCAAGGUCCCUCUAAUGCUGACAAUUUGUGUUCUAAAGUCCCUCCUUAUUCUGAUGUUCUGUAUUCCUAGGGUGCUAACAUCUCUAACAGUUUAUGUUCUAACAGUCUGUUAUAAAGUCUCAGCUCUAAAUUAAUUAACAAGCAUUUAUUAAUCACUUAUUAUGUGCCAGGCAAUGGAGAUAUAAGUACAAGCAAAAAGCCUGGGACCCAGGGGACAGCUAGGUGGCACAGUGGAUAAAGCACCGGUCCUGGAUUCAGGAGAACCUGAGUUCAAAUCCGGCCUCAGACACUUGACUCUUACUAGCUGUGUGACUGUGGGCAAGUCACUUAACCUUCACUGCCCCACCAAAAAAAAAAAAAGCCUGGGACAUCAAGGGACUUAUAGUUUAAUGGAAGAAGAUAUUAUAUAAAGGAAACUGAGAAUGUCAGAUGGGGUAGUGCAUGGGGAGAGCCAUUUCCACACUUGGACAUGAUGGGAAAGUCCAGAGAAUGAAGUCUGGUUGGGUCCUUGCUCAAAAUGGAGGUUCUGAGAAGCACUCAGCAAUGGGAGAAAGGGGCCACCCUUCUAGAACAUGUUAUGUUCUCAGUCCCUUACCAGUUCUAACAUUCUAUGUUAAGGUUCUUUCUGACUCUAACAUUCUGUUUUCUAAGUUCUAAUGUUAUCUGAGUCUCAGUUUCUGUUCCCUGGUAUUUCUGGCUCUUUUCAGACCUUCUAUCUCCCUAGAUCCAGGACCGAACUCAACUCUGGCCCCUAGAUAGUUGUACCAACUGCAAUACCUUCUGAUAAAAAAAUAAAAUCCUUGUUAAACCUU